AUGGACCUUAUCACUUCAUGCCGCUACUGCAUCUCACUCUGCCGGAAAUCGGCAUUUUACCGCCAAAUUUCAUUUCCAAAUUCCACUACUCAACACUCCAGUUCUCUUAAAUGCCGCGUUAAAACGACAUCGGAGCUUCAAACUUCAGUAGGAGUGAACGAUCGUACCGGUAACAACUACUCCUCGUCGAUUCCAACUCAUAAAGUCACUGUUCAUGACCGGCAACGAGGAGUCGUUCACGAGUUCCUUGUUCCAGAGGACCAGUAUAUAUUGCACACAGCAGAAUCACAGAACAUCACACUUCCAUUUGCUUGCAGGCACGGUUGUUGCACUAGCUGUGCUGUACGUGUAAAAUCAGGACAACUUAGACAGCCAGAAGCUCUAGGGAUCUCUACUGAGUUGAAGUCGAAGGGAUACGCACUUCUUUGUGUGGGCUUCCCAUCUUCUGAUCUUGAAGUAGAAACUCAAGAUGAGGAUGAGGUGUAUUGGCUUCAGUUUGGAAGAUAUUUUGCCCGAGGACCAAUUGAUAGAGACGACUAUGCCUUGGAGCUGGCCAUGGGUGAUGAAUAG